CGGCCGGCCCGGCGGAGAAGGCCAGCUUCCGCGGAGUUUGUGCCCUGGGCUCCCUGGCCCCGACCGCCCGCCUCCCGCGCACUAAGAGGGACGGGGGAUUGACUGGGUCAGCGUGCCUGAGGACGGUGAGUCUCGUAAGAGGAGAGUGGUUACCACUGAAACUCAGGUCGCCCCCGGAAUUACUUAGUUCCUAGAGUCCGACCCGCCGCCAGCCAGCACCGAGAGGAAGGAGGAGGAGGAGGAGGAGGAGGAGGGCGAGGAGGACGGCGAAGAGCAGAGGACGAGCCGGAGCCAGAGCCCGAGCUGGAGGCAAAGCAGCUCUGGUCGCUUCCAUCUGGGUGGUGAAGGGCUGUCAUGAUCUCUACGGCACCACUCUAUAGUGGGGUGCACAACUGGACCAGUACUGACCGCAUUCGCAUGUGUGGCAUCAACGAAGAGAGGAGAACGUCUCUUUCUGAUGAGGAGUCCAAAGUAGCUGGCUGCCAAGGCUUUAGACCCCAGGACUUUUGUGUCAGUAGCGGCUUUUCCAAGGUGGAGCUCACGGCAGUUGGUGGUGGCAGUGAUGCCCAGGGGGUGGACGCAGCUAGUGGUGCCAAGGAGAAAUUUGGACACAAGGCAGGGGAGCAGCAACCCAGCACUGAGCAGAAAAUGGCCCCUCCUGGGCCCGAUGGUAUUUUUACCCCAUUAACCAAGCCAGGGGAUGGCCCAGGACUCAGUAAGCCUCCCUCCACUGACGCCACAGAGCCGGGCAGCAGCCGGGCUGAGCCCCACAUAGACAAGCUGGCUACCCGCCCCCUGGCUGGGCUGAAGGCACCAGAGCACCAGCAUGCUGCGGGGCAGAAGAACACUUGCAUUCUGGCCACACUAGGCAUCGGGGCUGCUAUGGAGGGGGCCUUGCCUUUGGUGACUGCUGACGUCAGUCCUCUGCCUAUCCCCGUUUCCGGCCCUGGCCCUGUGCCCCUGUCGGCUUCUAUCUCUGUGCCCCUGGCCGUUCCUGCCUCCGUUACCCUUUCCGCUUCUGUCCCUUCCCCUCCGUUGGCCCCAGCCCCGACCUUGGCUCCGGCUCCCAUCCCCAUCUCAAUUGCCACUCCGGCUUCCAUUCCUGCAGCGACCCCCCUGUCGCUCCCAGCUCUGGUUUUGGCUCCCAUCCCCGCCACGGGCCCUGUCCCACCCCUACCCACUCCUGCCCCAUCCCCAGCCACCCUCCCAGGCCCUCCUCCUACUCUCAUCACCGCCUUUGCCGCUGCCACUCCUGCUCCGCCACCCACUCCAGCUCCUGUAUUUACCCCAGCUCCGACCCCUGGUCCUCAGGCCAAGCCUGCCCUGGCCCCCGUUCCCACCUCAGCUCCCAUCUCUGCCCCCUUCAACCUCAAUCGAGUGUGUUUCCCUGCCACCCAGGCUCCUGCUGUGCAGAAGGUGCCCCUGUCCUUCCAGCCCGGGGCCGUCCUGGCCCCAAGCCAACCGCUGGUCUACAUCCCUCCCCCAAGCUGUGGGCAGCCUCUCAGUGUUGCCACGAUCCCUGCUCCAUUAGGAGUGUCCUCCACGCUCACGCUCCCCGUGCUGCCCUCGUACUUGCAGGAGAGGUGUCUGCCAGGCGUUCUGGCCUCUCCUGAGCUCCGUUCUUACCCUUGUGCUUUUUCUGUGGCCCGCCCGCUGACUUCAGAUCCCAAGCUGGUCUCUUUGGAGGUAAACGGACUCCCCUGUACCUCUCCAGCUGGCGGAAGCAGCACCCAGCCUGUGCCUGAUGGUGGCCCCACUCCUUCAGGGGAUGUCCCUCUGCCUGCCCCCACCGCCAAGGUUCUCCCCCCACCACCCCAGCCUUCCCUGCCUGCUGUUGGAGGGAGCUCCACCCCAGGGCACCCCCCCAAGGCCCCGGCCACCACAGAGCAUCAUGCAGAAGGAGCUUCUGCCGCCUUUUCCCCUCUCAAGUCCCCACCACAGCUGGAACGAGAGAUGGUCUCCCCACCUGAGUGCAUUGAGAUGCCUUUGGACCUCUCUUCCAAGUCUAACCGGCAGAAGCUUCCACUGCCGAGCCAGCGCAAGACCCCGCCCAUGCCGGUGCUGACACCGGUGCAUACCAGCGGCAAGGCCUUCCUCUCCACGGUCCUGUCCCGCUCCCAUCGGGCAGCCCAGGCCACCGGCAGUAACGUCACAUCGUGCCUAGGGACUGCCUCCCCAUUCGUCAUCUUCCCCGAUUUUGUGAGAAACGGGGACCCGAGUGCCUGGGUGAAGAACUCCACAGCAUUGAUCAGCACCAUCCCUGGGACCUAUGUCGGGGUGGCCAAUCCUGUGCCUGCUUCCCUGCUACUGAACAAAGAUGCCAAUUUGGGCAUCGUCCGAGACCCCCGGCACCUGCCCAAACAGGAGCCCAUCUCCAUUGUUGAUCAGGGAGCACCCAAGAACCCCACCUCUGCCUGCGGCAAAAAGGGCAGCCAGUCAUCACCAGCCGAGAACCCAGUCAGGCGAUCUACCCCGGCUCGGAUUGCCCCUGGAGUACCUACCUGCCCAUCUAAGGAAAUGCCAUUUUGGAAACCCACAGGGCAGGGGAGCAUCUACUCAAGGUGUUCGAUCAAUGGGAAGCCCACCACGGCCCAGGUCUUGCCUGUUGGUUGGUCACCCUAUCACCCAUCCUCACUCUUUUCAAUUGGCAUCCCCAAUCCUGGGCAGCUGACUGCACAUCAAGGGGUGCCCAUCAAACCGGCUGGCAUCGCUGGGGAAUUCUCUAUGGUGCCAUCAGCCAACCCCAGUGAAGCCGCCCAUGGGGUUGCUGAGGGUCAACCAAGACCCAGUGGGCCUUUCCCAGAGGGGCAGGAACCUGUUCCGAAGAGCAGUAGCUGCCAGCAGCCCCCCACCAAACCCUGUGAGGAGCCAGUUAACUCUACCAUCUUGAUCCUGGGCCCCCAGACAGGCAGCCUACCCAUGUCUCUCCAGCCCAGCAAUAUUGGAGAGGUGAGAGGGAUGAAGGCCAAGACCGGGAGUCCCCCCCAAGACCAAGGGCCAGAGGAUUCUGAGAGCCAGCCAAGUCCUGAUCCCCCUUCCAGUCCGGAGGGCCCCCAUAGCUCUUGCGGCCUGAAGCCAGCGGGAGAUAGCAAACCCAAGAACAAGGUGCUGGCCACCUACCUGGCUCCUGACUUGGCUUUGCCUCCCUCUCAGGGCUUCCCCAAAUUGUCUGAGAUGCCCUUGCUACCUCAUGAAGGCCACCUGAAGGAACUCAAAGUUAAAGACGAAGUACAGGGGAACAAGAGGAGCCUAGGCCUGGGAGCUCGUCGCAAGAGUGAUGGCGACCUCAGCUGGGUGAAGAAGGAGAACGUGAUGUUCUCUCUGAAUCAGUGCUUCCAGGCCGAGGGCUUUCUUGGGGGCUCAGCCAGAUCCAAGGCUGGGCAGAGUCAACACAGACAGGAAGGUCACAGUACCUUCCCCUGCAAGAACAAAUGGCACGCUGAUGAUGGCACCAAGGUGUCUUCAAAGAGGAUGAAGUGCAGUCGGGCUAAGGAGGACGACAUGUCAGCCAGCAAAUCUCGAGGCCGAAGCCCCCACGGACACAAGUGGAGGAAGCAUCAUGGGGAUUCCCAUGAUUCCAGCAAGAAAGGCUGCAAGGCCUCAGGCAAAGAGCACAACGGCAUACGGAUCAAGCACAAGCGACAGAAGUCUGCCAAAUCCCAGUCCCAAUUGACAGGAUUCCGAAGAGGAGAUGGACAUGAGGAAGGCUACUUGGAGAAGAAAGCAAAGAAUAAUUUCCGAGACUUCAUCCCUGUAGUCCUGAGUAGCCGGACCCGAAGCCAGUCUGGGAGCCUUUGCAGCACCUUCACUACCACAGCUGAAUGUGAACUGGGCAACCCAGAAGUGUUCCCCAUGCUGGAAGAGCACCAAGAAGAAGUGGGGUUGGGCAGCAAACACCGCAAGCGAAAGGCCCACCGCUCCUCCCAACACGUAAGCCGCCGCUCACGGGGGGACCGCUCCCUGGCAGAUCGGGCCAGCCGGCACCUGCGCCGUUCCCGGGAGCUGCCCUGGAAGAUGGAGUCCCCGCGGCAGCCGUGGGACACGGAUGAUGAAGAGGAAGAUGAAGAGGAAGAUGAGGAGGAAGGCCACAUGAAGAGGAAAAAAAGAAGACGGCAGAAAAACCGCAAAUAUCACACCGGGGAGUACCUGACGGAGCGGGAAGAGCAGGCCCACAAAUCUCUGUGCCACCAGCGGCGCAAGGCCCGAACAGAUUCCAAGUCCCGGAAGCAGAAGGGAUCAUCAUCCCAAGGCUCUGAGAUCCGCCUGAAGACCAAGCACUCAACAGCUUCCCAUGGCUCUGGUGACAUCUCCGGUUUCCCCAACGGCUUUCUGGAAAACCGCCUGGAAAAGGUCACCUCCCUGAACAACCUGGACAAGCCAGCAGGGAAGCGCAAGUGUAAGACCAAGCAUCUGGCUGGCCCCACCGAAGAGGGCAAGGUACAGAAGGUUAAAGGGCCCUGCUACCAGGUGAGAAUUGUACCUCCGAAGUCCCUACCCCCAGCAAAGCCCACAGAAUCCUGGACCUCCUUGAAGGUUCAUACAGGCUUGGAGGAUUGUCCCGAGUCCCCUUCAGCUUGCCAUAUCCCCCCUGAAGCACGUCGACUUAUUGUGAACAAGAAUGCUGGAGAGACCCUCUUGCAGCGGGCUGCAAGACUGGGCUACAAGGACGUGGUCAUGUACUGUCUGAAGAAAGAAAGUGAGGACGUCAAUCACAGGGACAAUGCCGGCUACACUGCCCUCCACGAGGCCUGCGCUCGAGGAUGGACAGACAUCCUCAACAUUUUGCUGGAGCAUGGGGCAAAUGUCAACUGCAGCGCUCAGGAUGGAACCAGGCCUGUCCAUGACGCUGUGGUCAAUGACAACCUGGAGACCAUCUGGCUCCUGCUUUCCUAUGGGGCAGACCCCACGCUCGCUACCUACUCAGGGCAGACGGCCAUGAAACUUGCCAGCAGUGACACAAUGAAAAGAUUUCUCAGCGAUCACCUUUCAGAUCUCCAGGGUCGCCCAGAGGGUGACCCAAGAGUGGCCUGGGACUUCUACAGCAGCUCAGUAUUGGAGGGGAAGGACGGGGCCAAGUGUGACCUUCUGGAUAACCCGCCUGGAACCUCAGACAAUGAUGAGAAUGAGCAGGAGUCGGACGACUUCAUCUUCGAGUUCUCGGAAAAGCCGUUGCUUCCCACUUACAACCUCCAAGUGUCACUUUCCCGUGGGCCCUGCAACUGGUUCCUCUUCUCAGAUGUCCUGAAGAGACUGAAGCUGUCUUCUCGGAUAUUCCAGGCCCGCUUCCCGCACUUUGAAGUCAUCACCUUGCCCAAGGUGGAGUUCUACCGGCAGGUGGUUUCCAGCCAGCUGCUCACCCCUGCCGAGAGGCCUGGGGGCCUAGACUCCAGCCCCCUGGCCAGCACUGAGACUAUAGAGCUGAUCCGCUAUGAGCCCGAGUUGCUGCAGCUCCUAGGGUCUGAGGUUGAAUUCCAGUCCUGGAGCAGCUGACGGGUUUGCCCCCGCCAGCCUUUCCCUUCCACCCCACCCCCACCCCUGCCCAAUUCCCCUACCCCCUUCCCCCUUUUCAGACUGACUGCAGUAUGAGGCAAUAAUGCGGACCAACUAGAAGCAGCCUUAUCAAUUAGUGUCUGGAGUCUUUGGGUUCCAUUCCCUCUCACUUCCCUCUAGUUGUGGUCUAAGGGGGAAAAGAUGCAUCCUUGGUCUCUCAAGAUCAGAGAGGACCCGCAAUGACUCAGCUCACCUCACCCUCCCAGGCAAGGAGCCGAGCACCGACCGGGUGUGACCCGGUGUCUUUGGCACCUGGCCCUAGGGUGGGCUCAGGGAUCCCUGGGCGUGCAUGACCAAGCCCCGGGCCGAGGGAAGCAGACCCAGGUCCAGUUGGCGGUGCCAGCCCUGGUGGAGAAAUUAGAAAACUCUCUUAGUAACAGCCCCCUUCCCAUAUUCCUUUGUGUCUUCCAUAAUAUUUAUUUAAUUAGUAUUUAAUUUGUAUUGUUUCCUUGGUUUCUGAGAAGUCUGUAUCACUGUGAUGAUUUGAGACAUCAACUUGAACGAGGGAGGGGCUUUGUUCACCUUGGCAUUUUCUUCCCUUCCUUCUUGGAGAAGCCCUGGGAGGUGUCCCCUACUCCUCCCCGGGACAGCCCUCCCUGGCUUCCUGGCCAAGGAGGGGGAGGUGAUGGUGAUCUCGGAAGCCCAGGCCUGGGAGGAGGUGGAGCUGUGUGAUGGUGUCUGCAAGCACAUGGGCCUUGGAUCCCAAGGGUUGUGUAUUUUCUCCCGGCCUGCCUUUCUCCCUAACCCUACCCAGCUCCAGGCUCACACAUGCUUUCCCACAACUGUCUGCCUUAGUUUAGUUCUGUUUGGGGUGAGGGGGUGAUGAGCCGCUAUGACAAAGGGACAGUGGAAAAUGAGUCCUGGAGGGGACGGCCCCCCAUCCCUCACCGGCUCCCUCCCUCCCCUUUUUUUCUCUCAGUGCCCAUCUUCCUGUGCUGCCGCCCUCUCCCCACUGUCCCUCAUCUCCAAUUCUCUCCCUGUGCCAUUCUCGGCUUUCUCUUCUCCCCCCUCCCCUUCCUUCUCACUCCUCCACAUUCUCUGUUGAGGCCUUCAUUAGGCUCCCUGACCCCUGGCCACAUGUCCCCUCCAGGACUCAGCUGUUUCCCAGGCAAAGGCAAGAGAACCGUUUCUCGUUUCUCUCCUUUCUUCACUCCCCCCCCCCCUUAACCAGCACAGGCCUCAACUCCACCCGCUGCCUGCCCGUUGGCCCUCCCAGGCUUCCCUCCAGCCUCCAGUCUUUGAAGGAGCCUUCAGUCCAUUGCCCCCACUCCCCCUGGUUCUUUCCCCUUUUCUCAAACACCCAGAUGGAUAUGAGCUUGUUACUUUUCUAUGGACUGCUAUCUUUCAGAACAGUUCUUGGGGAGAGAGGGCAGCUACCCAAAGGCAGAUGGGGCCCCUCCCUAGCCUUCUCUGGUUGUAGAUGGUACAGUUUUAUUGUACAGGUGCUAAAAAAAAAGAAAAGAAAGAAAGAAAAGAGGAAAAACCAAGUAAAAACAAGAAAAAAAAAAGAAAAAAACAAAAAAAAGCCCAAGUUUGAGGAUGGGACAAUCUGUUCUCUGGAGUCUCCUGAGCCCUGGGCAGGAGCAGUUGUGGUGAAUCUUCUUCGUGUUGUCUUUAUUCCCCAGUGGGCAGCCUGCCCUCCCCUUAUCUGGGACCUGCUCCCCCCUCCCUCAGUCUCUCUGGGGCCCUCUGGACUCAAUCGGCUUUUAAAAAAAACUCUUUUUUUUCUUUUUUAAAAUAUAUAUAUUUAAACAUAUAGAGAUAUUUUUAAAUAUAUAUAUAUAUACACAUAUAUAAAGCUGAGGGUUUGGGGUUGGGGUUUUCUUUGGGGGUGUCUUUGGUCUUUUUUUUUUCCUUUUUAAAGGUUGUGUCCUUUUCCUUUUGCAUUUGGGUGUGUAUUCCGGCUGCUCUCUCUGUUUGGUUAUAAGCAACAGG